AUGGGUGCCAACAAUAUCCAGUGGACCAGGGCGGACGAAAUACAUCUCGAUCACCAAUAUCGGGGACGAGGUAAUGAUCAUGCAUCAAGACCAACGGAUCAGGGUCUGGCUGGCUGGGGAUCAUGUGCCGCGGAUACCAGUGUUUGUCUCAAUCGGCUCUCGUCGUUACAUGGAGUGGCAGAAUCUAGCACACCCGAUCCGAAGAAAUGGGGGAUCAAGAUUCCGCCGGUGCCCGCGUAUGAAACUCCACGCGCAGUGCUCCAAAGGCCGAAGGCAACGUUGAUCCAGUGUCGGAAGGUCGAGGCGAGUCAGGAUCAAGAUUUUCCUGACUGCCCACCUUCGGACGAGUCGCCGUCGGACAAGUCGCCGUCGGACAAGUCGCCGUCGGAGAUGCGACCGUUGGAUCUAGCGUCUGUCGCGAGUGAGGAAUCGGAUCUGUCGUCCGUCGCAGACGAAGACUCUAUAUCGCAUGCCAUAACGGCCAAGGAGGCGCUAGAAGAUCGCAAUCAAGUGACACCGGACUUAUGGACGACUAACCCGCUGGCGGGGAAAGCUACAGACAGGGAAGGAAGGCGUGAAGAAGAUGACCGAGAUGAAAUUGAGGAGGUCAGUCUGGAUCAACUACAUGCGAGAGGCCGAGAUCAAGGAACAUCGCCGUCGAAAGGUGGCGGAUCGGACCUCCUGCCAUCAAUGAUGAGUGUACAGCCUGAGACAGGACAUGUGACCGGUGAUCCGUUGAACGACAAGUGCGCCGCAUCUACGUCCCAAAAACGGACACGGAUCCAUCACCUGUUGUCGAAGAUCAACCAGGCACACCGAAUCUGGACCUUACCUGGGACUCAGAUCAAGAUCAUGAUGAAUGCGUGUAUUACCAUUAAGGAAGUUAUCUAUACGCCGAAGACGUCGAUGAUGGCGGUACUGCCGGACGUACCUGUGACGACGGAAGAUGUGAGGAUCGAAGAUAUCCAACUAUGCGGAUCUGAUAAUCAGACUCCGGAGGAAAUUGAGCGACUUCGCCAAAAGAUCUGGGAGUUCCGACAUCUCUUGAUUGGUAAAGGAAAUGCCCUUCCGCCGGCAGCUAGAGGCCUGGUGUGUGAUAUCGAUGUCGGGGGAGCGAGAUCUAUCGCCCUCAAGUGCCGUAAGUUGCGGAUCCAGUUCAGGGAGAAGCUGGUAGACCUGAUCAAGGGCCUAUUGUCUGCUAAGAUGAUCAACUACUCCAGAUCACCAUGGGCUUCCCCAAUCGUGGUGAUCAUUAAGAAGAAUGGGGUGGAUAUCAGGCUAUGCAUUGAUUAUCGGUUGGUUAACAGCCUGACACAACUGAUGAUAUACCCAAUGCCCUUGAUCACCGCUCUACUCGAAGAUCUGGAGUCGACACUUUGGUACUGUUCUCUGGACAUGGCGAGCGGAUUUUGGGUGGUGAUAUUGACAGAUCGUGCCCGCUUGAUCUCAUCUUUUUAUCACGCCGUUCGGGGUAUAUGA